AUGGAUGUAAUAUUGAAUAUUCGCUUUCAAAAUCUUUUGAAUAACUCAACACUUCAAUUGAAAAUUAACUAUCCAGCGUCAUUAACUCCAACUAUCGAAGAUCGUUAUAAACAAUUUAUCCAUCAAAACAAACAUCAUAUGUUUUCGCUAAAUUUUGCUCAGGAACUCUGGCUCUCUCAGUUCAACGAUUUAUGUACUAUUAAUUUUACAUUUAUUCGUCUUCAAUCAAUUAUUAUUCAAGAAAUUACGGCAUUCAAAUUAUCAAUUGUCCUCUUUCGCAUAAAAGAUUUACCAAAUCUUUGCUCAUUAAUUGUUUCUAUCUUUGAUUAUGAACACAGAGAGGAUGAUAUUUAUCAAAUUAUUUUCGAGUUACCUGUUUUAAGAUAUUUAAAAAUACAUCUGUUCGAUUAUCCAGAAAAUCGUCAUUUCAAAUUAAUAACUCCUAGUGAUAAAAAAUAUUCUUCACUUAAAUAUUUGGUCAUCUGUCAUAAUAUUUAUCUUCAUGAACUUGUUCCUUUACUUACCCAGGUCGAACAUUACGGUCCGUAUACGGUUACUUUACGACUAUUUUACGGGCGACAGUUUGCCAUAAUAUCUGGCGCAGUAAUACGGACCGUAUUAUCAUGA